AUGACAGAAACUUGUUAAUCAGCCAAGUUUUUUUAUUUUUUAACAAUUCUAAAUUUAAUUCUUACUGUAACAGCAGAUCCAGACAUAUUACCCAUUUAAGUAGAUGGGAAUGUCUAUUAGAUUUAAGAAUAAUCUGCAAUAGUUUAUAAAAAGCUCCCUGAAGAUAAAUGGAGAUAUAGCACUUAUGACUUGUCUGGAUCUAUAACAUAAACAUAUAUCUUGAAUGGGUUUUAAGAUUUAGCUUAGUCUUUGUAUUUCAUUGAAUAAAAUAAUUUUCUCAACUUCUAUACAUAAAACAAUCUAAAUUUCUAAAUUAUAGAUUUAACUAAACUUACUAGCUAGAAACCUGAUUAUUUAUAGAUAAAUUCUGUUAUUUUGAACAGUUAAUGCACAUAAGUUAAUAUGAUCAGAAAAUAUGGGUCAUACUACUUUUAUAUUUGUUCAAAUCCCAAGAUUUUUUUUUACGAAUAAUCAAUAGCUUAAUUAUAAGCAUCAAAAGCAAGUUAAUCUUACAGCUAAUUAGACAUGACCUAAGAUUAUAUUAUGCUAUAUCCUUAUGUCCUAUGUUACAAAGGAAAUAUAUUUACAAAGUUUGUUUCUUUGCCUUAUACAAUUUAUAAAUUGAUUGAUCUAAAUUAUGAUUUAUUUCUUCUUGACUACUCAACAUUUUGCAUAGCUAAUUUAGCAGUUGAUACUUAGACAUUUUCAUGCAAAUACAGUUAUUUUGUUGGUUCUGAUAAAACAAAUUUGAUAUUAACAAAAGUUUUUGAGUCCAACAGAAAAUAGCUAAUUUUUACUAGGAUUCUUGAUAAAAAAAGUAGUUUAUAUAUUAAAUAUGAAGUAUUUGAUGUUACAAACUUACAAAUGAUAAAUAGGGGUUUUAGUAGUUUUGAAGAUAAUACAAAUUCGUAGACUAUAAUAUAAUAUUAAAAUAUAAUGUAUCCAAGCAAAGGAUAUGUUUGGAAUAUAGCUUACGCUCCGUAAACCAAUUCAGUAAUAGGUUAUGAAAAAACCGUCACUUAAAACCAUGAAUACUUACUAGUUAACGAACCCUUUUACAAUUUAAAUUUCUAGCAAGGUUAUACAAUAUUUUUGAAUAAAGAUAAAUCAGCAAAUUAUCUCCUAGAUAUCCGAGAUGCAAUGAACUUUAAUUGCGUAUCAGGUUAACAUAUUCAAUUAGAUUUUACAUGUAGUAACUCUAAUUGCCCUUCCUUUUCAUAUCUUGAUAAUUCUAAAAAUAAAUGCUAUUGUGACUCAAAUGCUGUUUAUUCACCUUAAGCAAACUCUUGUACUUGCUCUUAUGGGUUUACUCAAUCCGCUGAUAGCAAAUCAUGCAUUUGCUAAACUGGCUAUUAUGUAAGUUAAGGGUAGUGCUUAAAAUGCAAUGCUGGUUGCUUGACUUGUAACGGUCCUUUAUCAACUAAUUGUUUAACAUGUUAAACUGGUAAAUAUCUUUUUUAAGAUAAUUCUUGCUUAACUUGUGAUUAAUCUGGAUAAAUUCAAUAAGGAUCAUAAUGUAUUUGUAAAAGUAACUAUUAUUAAAAUGGUAAUUAAUGCUCUUAAUGCAGUUCUAGCUGCAAAACAUGUAAUGGUCCUAAUUUAAAUAAUUGUCUAACCUGUAUUGAUGGAUUAUAUCUGCAUCCAGAUAAUUCAUGCUAGUCAUGUGAUACAAACGGAUAUUUUAUACAAGGUUAAAAAUGUGUUCUAUGUAGUGCAAAUUGUUAAACCUGUGAUGGAUCUUCAUAUAAUAAUUGCUUAACUUGCAAAACAGGUCUUUAUUUAUUUGAAAAUAAAUCAUGCAAUAAUUGUGACACUAAUAAUCGAUAUUUCAUAGACGGUAUUAAUUGUAAAUAGUGUAAUUCUCAAUGUUAAAGCUGUAAAGGAAAUCAACCAACUGAUUGCCUUACAUGCCCCUCAGGUAAAUACAUGUUUGCAGAUAACUCUUGUAAUAAAUGUGACACCUUAAAUAAGUUCUAUAUAGAUGGGCUUAAGUGCUUGUAAUGUAAUCCUCAAUGCUAUAAUUGCCAAGGACCUCUACCUACUAAUUGCCUUACAUGCCCUGCAGGCAAAUAUUUAUUUAUUGAUAAAUCCUGCUCAAAUUGUGAUACUCUAAAUGGAUUUUUUAUCAAAGAUAAUUUAUGCAUAAAAUGCCAUCCUUAAUGUUCAAAUUGUUUAGGAUCCCUUCAUACAAAUUGCACAUCUUGUCCUAAAGAUAAAUAUUUAUUUCCAGAUAAUUCUUGCUAAUUUUGUAAUAUAUUAAAUGGAUACUUUAUAAGUGGUAUAAAAUGCUUAAAAUGUAAUGCUUAAUGCUCAAAUUGCUAAGGACCACUAGAGACUGAUUGUCUAACAUGCCCGAAAGGUAAAUACUUGUUUGCAGAUAACUCUUGCUAAAAUUGCAAUACAAAAAAUGGAUUCUUUAUAAGUGGAAUGAAGUGUUUAAAAUGUAAUGCUCUAUGCUAAAGUUGCAAAGGCCCUCUACCUACCGACUGUUUAACUUGUCCUUUAGGGAAAUAUUUACAAUCAGAUCGAUCUUGCUAAGAUUGCGAUACCUUUAAUGGAUACUUUAUAGAUGGUAUGAAGUGCAUUAAAUGCUUUGGUAAAUGCUCAAGUUGUUCAGGACCUCUACCUAAUGAUUGCCUAACAUGCCCAGUUGGGAAAUUUUUAUUACCAGAUUAUUCUUGUUAAUAUUGUAAUACUUAAGAUGGUUUCUUUAUUAGAAAUACUAAAUGUAUUCCUUGCAAUCCUGGGUGUAAAACAUGCAAAGGCCCUUUGAUCACUGACUGCUUAACUUGUCCUGAUUAGAAGUAUUUAUUUACAGAUAACACUUGCCGUACUUGCUUAACAAGUAAAGGUUAUUUUAAAAAAAAUAUAUAGUGCCUUCCUUGUGAUAAAGCUUGCUAAACUUGCUUUGGAGAAAAUAAGAAUCAAUGUUUAAGCUGCAAUGAAAACUCUUAACUGUUUUAAAAUCUUUGUGAGUAAUAAUACGAUACUUAUCAUUCAAAUUACUUCAAUGAUUAGAAGAUAAAAUAGACCUCAUAACAAUUUCAAACAGGAAUAUAAGUUUCAUUUGCAAGCACUAUAAUUUCAAGCAUACUUUUGACUACGAUAUCAUCAUCAAGCUUUAGCUUAGUUGCUAAUGGUCUUAAUUCUUAAAAAGUUAGUUUUCAUAUCCUUAUCGAUACAAAAUUACCUGCUUAAAUAUAUAAAGUGCUUAUUCAAUUUAAAUCUUAAUUCCCAUCAAUGCAAUAUAAAUACCUAAAUGCUUAUGAAAGCAUAUUGGAUCAAAGUGAUACUUAAUUUUAAGAUUCUAGAUACAAACUUGUCAACCUUUCAUUUAACAUUUUAUAAAAAAUUAAAUGA